AUGAAGUUCGGAGAGCAGUUGCGCUCCAGCGUUAUCCAGGAGUAUCAGUGGUACUACAUCGAUUACGAAGGUUUGAAAAAUGAGCUCAAGGGACCUACAGGCCCUUUGAAGGCAGGCAAGGGCCCAGAAUGGACUGAGGAUGACGAGACGCGCUUCGUCGAAAGGCUCGAGUUAGAGCUCGAAAAGGUUCACACCAAGCAGAAGGUCAAGGCUAUGGAGAUUGCCCGUCGAAUUGCUGUGAGCGAACGCGAAGUCAAGGAUGUGGUUAAUCGCCUGAAUGAGCGUGGACUUGGCGAGAAUGGCCCAAGCGAGGAAGAGUUCAUGCUUCUCGAAGAGGACCUCAGCGACAUCAUAGCCGAUGUCCACGACCUUGCCAAAUUCGUGCAGCUCAACUACACCGGGUUUUACAAGAUCAUUAAGAAGCACGAUAAAACGACCGGAUGGCACCUGAAGCCCGUUUUCGAUAGCCGACUCAAAGCCAAGCCCUUUUACAAGGAAAACUACGACGCCGCUGUCAUCAAGCUGUCGAAGCUCUACGACCUCGUCCGAACUCGCGGAAAUCCCGUCAAGGGCGACAGUGCUGCGGGUGGAGGCCAGGCCAACUUCAUCCGACAAACGACUAAAUACUGGGUGCACCCUGACAACGUCACGGAACUGAAGCUUAUUAUCCUGAAGCACUUGCCCGUCCUCGUCUUCAAUGCCAACAAGGACUUCGACCCGGAAGACUCAGCAAUCACAUCGAUUUACUACGACAAUCCCGACACCUGGGACUUGUACGAAGGUCGCCUGAAGAAAACUGAAGGUGCCGAGGCGAUUCGACUUCGAUGGUAUGGAGGCAUGAAGACAGAGACGAUCUUCGUCGAGCGCAAGACCCAUCGUGAAGAUUGGACGGGUGAGAAGUCUGUCAAGGCUCGAUUUGCCAUGAAGGAGAAAAACGUCAACGCGUACAUGAAGGGAGAACUCCUCCCAGCCGCCAUCUUUGAGAAGGCACGCAAAGAGGGAAAGAAGUCUGAGAAGGCCAUUGCUGAGGACGAGCGAUUGGCCUCUGAGGUCCAAUAUUCGGUUAUUAAAAAGGGCUACAAGCCCGUUUGCCGAUCUUUCUAUAACCGCACUGCGUUCCAGCUGCCCGCCGAUGCCCGUGUCCGAAUUUCGCUGGAUACGGAGCUCACAAUGGUGCGAGAAGACAACCUGGAUGGCCGUGUCCGCUCUGGAGAGAACUGGCGUCGUAUGGAUAUCGGCGUUGACUAUCCCUUUUCGCAAUUGCCUGCCGAAGACAUUGAGCGGUUCCCUUAUGCCGUUCUGGAGGUCAAGCUCCAGACGCAGUCCGGCCAGAAACCACCUGAGUGGGUUCGCCAGCUUAUCUCGUCUCACCUGGUGGAGGCCGUGCCCAAGUUCUCGAAGUUCAUCCACGGUACGGCGACGUUGUUUCCUGAUAGAAUCAACCUCCUGCCUUUCUGGAUGCCUCAGAUGGACGUAGACAUCCGCAAACCCGUUACUCAUGACUUUGGUAUUCGACGACCCGGAUUGUCAGGUACCACCAAUACAUCUGAUGACGACGAAGAGCUUGACUCGGAUGACGAGGAGUUGCAGGCUUCUGGCCGCAACGGCACUAACGGCGAGUCGAGCGCACAGGGCGCUCGUGGUCUCCGUGAGAUCCCCCCUAUUGACAUGGAGGGCCAGAUGACAGACCUUCCCGCGGCAGAUGAAGACUAUGCGAUUUACAACUCGGAUGAUGAGUAUGAUGAAAGAUACGAGCUGGCGCAAGCCAAGAGAAGUGGAGGAUGGCGCUACUACUCGACAUUGCUUUCUGCCAAGACUCGACAUAUCAGACAACAUUUUGGAAAACACGCGAUUUCUGCGCUCAAGCUUGCUAUUCCUGCGCCUAGAAGCACGCAGGUUGAACGCAGUGACCGACUGCAAGCCUUGUUUGGGCACGAUCCUAUCCAGACUAAGAAGUUUAAGGCGCCCCCUGGCAAGAAGAUCUACGUGCCUGUACGCGUGGAGCCCAAGGUCUAUUUUGCGGCUGAAAGAACAUUCCUGGGAUGGCUCGAGUUUUCUAUCUACAUCGGCACAAUUGCUGUCACGCUACUCAACUUCGGUAGCCAUCCCACACCUACCCACUUCUGGAUUUCCGGCCUCUUUACAGUAUUGGCUAUUGCAAGCCUCGCCUACUCUGUGUUCACCUAUCUCCACCGAAGUAAAGGCAUUCGAGAACGCAAGGCCAUUGGGUUCUACGACCGUUGGGGUCCAAGUAUUCUCUGCGGAGCUCUGUUCGUAGGCGUAGCUGCGAACUUUGGGUUUGAGGGUAAAGAGAGAGGCAUCUGGUAG